AUGACAAACAGCAAAUCAAAACAACCGCCCACAGCGGCAACAAACCUCAUCGCUGGAGGCGGCGCCGGCAUGAUGGAAGCCCUCGCCUGCCACCCUCUAGACACAAUCAAAGUCCGCAUGCAGCUCUCCCGGCGCGCCCGCAUCCCCGGCGCCCCCCGCCGCGGCUUCAUAAAGACCGGCCUCGAAGUCGUCAAGAAGGAAACCCCCUUAGCCCUAUACAAGGGCCUCGGCGCCGUCCUGACCGGCAUCGUCCCUAAGAUGGCCAUCCGCUUCACCUCCUUCGAGUGGUACAAGCAGCUCCUCGCCGACCGCGCCACCGGCGCCGUCUCCGGCCAGGCCACCUUCGUCGCGGGCCUCGCCGCCGGCGUGACCGAGGCCGUCGCCGUCGUCUGCCCCAUGGAGGUCAUCAAGAUCCGCCUCCAGGCGCAGCACCACUCCAUGGCCGACCCGCUCGACAUCCCCAAGUACCGCAACGCCGCGCACGCCCUGUACACCGUCGUCAAGGAGGAGGGCGUCGGCGCGCUGUAUCGCGGCGUCACCUUGACCGCGAUCAGGCAGGGGUCCAACCAGGCCGUCAACUUCACGGCGUACUCGUACUUUAAGAAGUGGCUCAAGGACUUCCAGCCUCAGUACGCGGACGGGAACCUGCCCAGCUGGCAGACGACCAUCAUCGGUCUCGUGAGCGGCGCGAUGGGGCCGCUGAGCAAUGCGCCCAUCGACACGAUCAAGACGAGGUUGCAGAAGACGCCGGCGGAGUAUGGCACCACGGCCUGGCAGAGGAUAACCACCAUCACCAACGACAUGUUCAAACAAGAAGGCUUCCACGCCUUCUACAAGGGCAUCACCCCCCGCAUCAUGCGCGUGGCCCCCGGCCAGGCCGUCACCUUCACCGUCUACGAGUACCUCAAGUCCCUGCUGGAACACAGUAACGUGAAGCUCGUCGGCGGCGGAAAAUAUGAGGAGUAA